ACGUGAGUGAUGGUUGGCAUUGAAGAAACUCAACGGAUUUCUGUGUGAGCGAAGAGUUUGAGAAGAUGAUGUUGUGGAGUUCAGUGAUUCAUUGGACUCAUUUAGCAGAAACUCUUAUCCAAAUAUAGUGCAUGUAUACAUCUUAUUAUUGUGUGUUCGCUUGGAUUGGGAUGUUUCUUAUAUUGUUGGCCAGUGACUAGAGAUUCACCAUAUAACCGAUGGUAUUAUAUACAUAUAUAGUCAUAUUAUUAAACACUCUUCACACUGUAUAACAAACAAUUAUACACACAGACAUCAGCUUCACUUUGACACUGCCUCUCUCUCUCGAGCUCUCUCUCUCUCUCUCAUAUCUCCACACAGGUUUACACAUCUCUCCUCAUGCCGUUUCUAUAUCUCCAGAUCAGAUGAGAAUUUAGUUUGUGUUGGAUGUUAUAAAGGGUUUGUUUCGGAUGUUUAUCAAAUCUGGACUCAAUGCUUCUUGAACAAAGAACUGCACAUCAAUUGAACAUCAUCCUGUAGACUGCUAAUGUCUACAGCCAUCUGCCGUCUCUCUCAUACAGUAUCUCACAUGUAUCCCUGCAUUGAAGCAUUGAUCACUGACUGCUGAAAAACUAAACUAGUGGAACACAGCUGAAGUGGUGAUGCGUGACGCUUGAGGGAAAGGGGAAUCUAAGGGGGCUUUACAAUGGAUUCCUGGACAUUUUCAUUCUCGCCGAGUAACCUGCAGAGGAACGUCUCAGAGUUCCUCGUGUUUGAUGGCGAUAAGUUGGGCAACAUUUCCGAAGAAGGACCAAGAAAUGAAUCGGACCACAACUUGACUAGAACUACCACAGUAGUCAUCACCUUCAUGUAUUUUGUGGUAUGUGCAGUCGGUCUCUGCGGAAAUGCUCUGGUCAUCUAUGUCAUCCUGCGAUAUGCCAAGAUGAAGACUGUUACAAACAUCUACAUCCUAAACCUGGCUGUGGCAGAUGUGAUGUUCAUGUUGAGUUUGCCCUUCAUCGCCACUCAGCUGGCACUCGUGCAUUGGCCGUUUGGGUGGGCUCUGUGCAGGGUGGUCAUGACGGUGGAUUCUCUCAAUCAGUUCACCAGCAUUUUCUGCCUGAUGGUGAUGAGCAUCGAUCGGUAUUUGGCCGUGGUGCACCCCAUAAAAUCCACCAAGUGGAGGAAGCCGAACGUCGCCAAGAUCAUAAACCUGACUGUAUGGGUGGUGUCGCUCCUAGUUAACCUUCCGAUCGUCAUCUACAGCGGCUUGAUCACCCAGCCGGACGGCUGCUUCUGCACCAUUGUAUGGCCGGAGCCGCAGGAGGCCUACUACACAGCCUUCAUGUUCUACACCUUCAUCCUGGGCUUUUUUCUGCCACUCGUGGUCAUUUGUCUGUGCUAUUUUCUCAUUAUCAUCAAAGUGAAGUCCUCGGGCAUCAGGGUUGGCUCCACCAAACGGAAGCGCUCGGAGAGGAGGGUGACGCGCAUGGUGUCCGUCGUGGUCGCUGUCUUUGUGUUCUGCUGGCUGCCCUUCUACGUCUUUAAUGUGACAUCUGUUACUGGAACCAUCAGCACGACACCCUUCUUAAGGAGCAUGUUCGCCUUCGUGGUGGUGCUGGGAUAUGCCAAUAGCUGCGCAAACCCCAUAUUAUAUGCAUUCUUGUCAGAGAACUUCAAGAAAAGUUUCCAGAAUGUCCUGUGUCUGAAAAAGGUGUCUGGUCAGAACGACAUUGAGCGUACUGACAGCAGACAGGACAAGUUACACAUGUUGAACGAUCCGACGGAAACUCAAAACACGCUGCUUAAUGGAGACCUACAGACCAGCAUCUGAUAAA